AUGUCAGACGUAGAUAUUGAGGACACUAUAAACAGAAUUAAAAAUCAUAAAUCAGUUUAAGGCAUAGUGAUUGUAAAUCAUGAAGGGACAAUUACCAGGACAACCUAUCUAAAUGAGAAAAAGGAAGAAGGUGACACUAUAGCCAAAUCAAUACCUAUUUUGGCUUAAAAAGCUAGAUCACUGGUGCGUGACUUGGACCCAACAAAUGAUUUAGCAUUUUUACGGAUAAAGUCAAAGUAAAAUGAGAUCCUUAUUGCACCUGACAAAGACCUUCUAUUGAUUGUUAUUUAAGGACCUAAAAAAUAAGGAGAAGAUGAUUAAUGA